AACUCCAGAGCAAACAUGGCCACCUACAUGAGGAUGUUAGGAGCGUUGAGACAGUCCUACAGAAAUGGGAAUACUACUUUUAAAAAUUGCCUAGGUACAACGGGACAAGUCCUCAGGAGUAGCAAUGGAGGAGAUAUAGCCAUAACGUCAAGCAAGGUCACAAAUCGCUGUUAUUCUUCCUCAAAUUUCACAUGGAAAUCAUCCUUAUGCAAUGGCUCCUUUGGUAACAUCAGCUCAUCAAUGACAGGAGCGAUGCGCUAUGGUGAUCUAAACAAAUGGAGACGGAUUGCAAGUGUUUUUGGCUCUACCACCGAAAUUACUGAACAUGGUAGAGUCAUUUUUGGCUGUCAGCAGAGGAGAUACUUCGGCAACCGGGCGAGCGGACUUUCAGGAGAGGAUGGAGCCGAAAGCGGUGGUUCAGGAGGGGAUGAGACCGGUGGUGACGGUGGGGCAGGUUAUGGUUCCCCGCAAAUGACUGCCCUUACAACCAUGAUGGUGCCAGAGGUUUUCCCUAAUGUACCCCUUAUCGCCGUUAAUAGAAACCCAGUCUUCCCUCGAUUCAUCAAAAUUAUUGAGGUGAAGAAUAAAGCCUUAAUGGACCUUUUGAGGCGAAAAGUGAGGUUGGCCCAGCCUUAUGCUGGUGUUUUUCUAAAGAAAGAUGACAGCAAUGAGGUAGAUGUUGUGGAAAACCUGGAUGCCAUCUACAACACUGGCACUUUUGUGCAGAUACAUGAGAUGCAGGACCUUGGAGACAAACUCCGUAUGAUUGUCAUGGGCCACAGACGAGUUCGUAUUAAUAAGCAACUGGAAGUGGAGCCUGACGAGCCUCCAUCUCCUGUGGAGUCUGAGGGGGAGGGAGGCCUGCCCAAGCCCCCGCGCCGGAAACCCAAACGUGUACGCAAGGAAGGCUCUUUGACUGAAGCCAUGGAGGAGACCAUAAAGGACGCAGACCUGACGGUGGAGCCUGUGCCACUGCCCAAAACCUCCCUUGAGAUCCUCAUGGUGGAGGUGGACAACGUGCUGCAUGAAGAGUUUCAGAUCACAGAAGAAGUCAAGGCACUGACAGCAGAAAUUGUGAAGACUAUUAGAGAUAUCAUUGCUUUGAAUCCGCUGUACAGAGAAUCUGUGCUGCAGAUGAUGCAGGCUGGACAGAGAGUGGUUGAUAAUCCCAUCUACCUGAGUGACAUGGGGGCAGCUCUCACUGGGGCAGAGUCACACGAGCUUCAGGAUGUUCUGGAAGAGACUAAUAUCCCCAAACGUCUGUACAAGGCACUGUCCCUAUUAAAGAAAGAAUAUGAGCUCAGCAAGCUACAGCAACGCCUAGGAAGGGAGGUUGAAGAGAAGAUCAAGCAAACACACAGGAAGUACCUUCUCCAGGAGCAGCUGAAGAUCAUUAAGAAAGAACUCGGCCUGGAAAAAGAGGACAAGGACGCCAUUGAAGAGAAGUUCAGGGAGAGACUGAAGGAAAGAGUGGUGCCACAGCACGUUAUGGAUGUCAUUAAUGAAGAGCUGACUAAACUCAGCCUGCUUGAUAAUCACUCCUCUGAGUUCAAUGUUACACGCAACUAUUUGGAUUGGCUGACUUCCAUGCCAUGGGGAACCUAUAGCACAGAAAAUCUAGAGCUGGCCCGAGCAAAGGAGGUGCUUGAGGAAGAUCAUUAUGGGAUGGAUGAUGUGAAGAAACGUAUUCUGGAGUUUAUUGCAGUGAGCCAGUUACGGGGCAGUACACAAGGAAAGAUCUUGUGUUUCUACGGACCCCCAGGUGUAGGAAAAACCAGUAUCGCUCGCUCCAUUGCCAGAGCCCUUAACCGGGAGUAUUUCCGUUUCAGUGUGGGUGGUAUGACUGAUGUUGCAGAAAUUAAAGGUCACAGGAGGACGUAUGUUGGAGCUAUGCCGGGAAAGAUCAUCCAGUGCUUAAAGAAGACUAAAACUGAAAAUCCUCUUGUAUUAAUUGAUGAGGUUGACAAAAUUGGACGAGGUUACCAGGGUGACCCUUCGUCAGCCCUGCUGGAGCUUUUGGAUCCAGAGCAGAAUGCAAACUUUCUUGACCAUUACCUUGACGUGCCUGUGGACUUGUCAAAGGUACUCUUUAUUUGUACUGCCAAUGUGCUUGACACCAUCCCUGAACCCCUGAGAGAUCGUAUGGAAAUGAUCAAUGUGUCCGGAUAUGUAGCCCAGGAGAAACUAGCCAUUGCAGAGAGAUACCUGGUACCUCAGCUGCGAACCCUUUGUGGACUGGAUGAGCAGAAAACGGAAAUCUCAGCUGAGGCUUUGAAUGUUCUCAUAAGGCAGUAUUGUAGAGAAAGUGGGGUCCGAAACCUUCAGAAGCAAGUGGAGAAGGUUUUCCGAAAAGUUGCGUUCCGCAUUGUGAAUGGAGAAGAGACCUCAGUGAAAGUCACAUCUGACAAUCUGCAGGACUACGUUGGUAAACCCAUCUUUACAGUGGAUCGAAUGUAUGAUGUGACCCCUCCAGGCGUCAUCAUGGGAUUGGCCUGGACAGCUAUGGGUGGUUCCACUCUCUUUAUUGAAACCUCUCUGCGACGACCUCGGGACGAUUCAGGGAAAGAUGGACCAAAAGAGGGGUCCCUUGAGCUGACUGGUCAGCUAGGUGAUGUGAUGAAGGAGAGUGCCAAAAUCGCCUACACCUUCUCUCGCGCCUUCCUCAUGAAGCAGCAGCCCGACAACGAUUUCCUCGUCAACUCUCACCUACACCUUCACGUCCCAGAGGGUGCUACUCCGAAGGAUGGACCAAGUGCUGGUUGCACCAUAGUGACGGCGCUGCUGUCCUUGGCCACCAACACCCCAGCACGUCAGAAUGUGGCCAUGACAGGAGAGCUGUCCCUGACGGGCAAAAUCCUCCCUGUGGGUGGAAUCAAAGAGAAGACCAUUGCGGCCAAGAGGGCUGGUGUGACUUGCAUCAUACUGCCAGAGGAGAACAAGAAGGAUUUCUCAGACCUUGCAGAAUACAUCACUGAAGGCCUGGAGGUGCAUUUUGUGGAACACUAUGACCAAGUCUACAAGGUCGUCUUCUCUGGAGAGAACUGAUGAAUGAAGUGACUGGCAGUGUUGACGCUGUUUUUGUUAUCCAAUGAUCAGAUGCCACAUAAUCCCUGAGGUGCAUCAUUGCAGUUAGAUGAGUGAGAUGGGCCACAAGGACACGAUCACUUGUGUGGACAUGAUCAUGGGAGUAGGCUGGUAGCUGAAUUCUAUUCAAAUUCUAAGAUCCUCAAGCCAGACAGCUGGAUCAUGAUAUUGCUGCUACGCAGCCUUGACAUAGGUUUUUUUUAUUAUUAUUAUUUACAAAGAUAUGUAUGUUGCAUAUGAUGGAACCAAAUCAACCUUCCCAUUUUUUUUUUUAUUGAUUUCAGCAUUUAUUUUGAUUCUCUGAGUUUAAGUACUAAUUUAAAAAGUGGUUUGUCCAUUAUUAAAUAUAUCACUUCUGUGCAAACAA